GUUUGUCCAUUCUUUUAACUUUGGGUUAUUUCUCUUAUCUUUUCAUUCAAUCCAAUCAAACAUACCCAUUCAAUCGCUAAAUCGAGCACCUUUUUCCCUAAUCCACAGUGGGUACUGCAUUGAUUGUUUAGAUUUUGUCGAAGUCUCACGCGAUUCGUACUCUUAUUGACUCGUUUAACUAGGAGGGUUUUCGUGUUCUUGAUCAUUUGUUCUGUUAAAUUAUUCCAGUUUCUCGUUUUCCUUUUCGAUACCCUGUUAGGGUUUCCGACACCAGAACAAAAGAGCCAAUUGGGGUUGACGGUGUGUAUAAGUUCGAUUGUCGAUGGAGGCGGCCGCUAGCGUCGCCGUCGCAGCGCGUGGUGUUUCUCUGACGAUGCCAUCCUCUCAGUCUCAAUCUUCUCGGAAAGAAUGGCGUGUUGUUUCAGACCAUCCCGUUCAAAACUCCGGCAACGACGACUUGGACCGUUCGAAGCUAGGGCAGGGUGACGAGAGACUGGUAUAUGAGGGUAGAGAAUCUGUGAAUGGAGGUUCCGAUCAUGAACUGCGUCUUGAUGAUGUUGUGAAACAAAGAGAACAACUUCAACAUUUAGAAGUUAAUCUCAAAGCUCGACUUAUAGCCAGAUCAGAAGUAAUGGGGAUGCAGGAAGGCUUUGAUUCUCAGAUCAAAGAGCACAUUACUGCAUCUGUCAAACUGCAGGAGCAACUACAUGAAAGGGAAAAAGCUAUAAUGGAAUUGCAAAGGACUUUGGAUGAUAAAGAUAAAGAACUUCAUGCAAUUAGUUUGGAUCAUGAAGCAGCAUGGGCUAAAGAGGACCUCUUACAAGAGCAAAACAAAGAAUUGGCAACCUUCCGGAGAGAGCGUGAUAAUGCUGAAGCUGAAAGGGCUCAACAUCUUCAAAAAAUCCACGACUUACAAGAACAUGUUCAAGAAAAAGAGCGCCAGUUCUUGGAAUUACAGGAACAGCAUAGAGUUGCUCAAGAAACUCUCAUUUAUAAAGAUGAGCAAAUAAGAGAGGCACAGGCUUGGAUUGCACGUGUUCAGGAGAUGGAUGCCUUGCAGUCAAAUACAAAUCACUCAUUACAAGCUGAACUCAGAGAACGCACUGAACAAUACAACCAGCUUUGGGUUGGUUGCCAGAGACAGUUUGCUGAGAUGGAGAGGCUUCAUUUGCACACACUGCAACAACUUGAAAUUGAGUUGUCUGAGGCAAGAGAAAGAAAUGGCACUAUCUCUGAUGGGAACCGCACUACUCAUGUGAAGGAUGUAUCUCAUUUUGUGCAUAACAAUGGAAGCCAGCUGGAGGGUAGAGGAGGAAGCAGCCCUGCUGGCGAUUCUAGGGGCGUCCAAAAUGGAGAUGCAGAAGUUGUCUCUUCACAGAAUGAAAAUCUUCCUGCUGUUCAAGUUGCUCCUCAGUCAAUGCAUGGAAUGCCAGCUUUCUUUUCACCUGGACAGCUGGCACCUUUGCAUCCAUAUAUUCUACACCAUCAAGGGUUACCUCAAAAUGUGAAUUCACAUCUUGUUCAGUCUCAUGUUGGCCAGUUUCAUUCUGUGCCCACUUGGCAGAAUCAACAGGCUAUCUCAGAAAGUUUACAAAUCCCAGUUCAUGAACAGUAUUCUUCCCAAGAUGAUCAAAAUUCAUUGAGACAGUAUGAAGCGGCUGUAAAUGAGCAAUCACAGCAGAGCUUGCAGCAAAUAUCGUCUCAGUUUCAUGACACUUUAAGGUUGAGUGAUUCUGACAAUGGCAAUUUACACCAGGGAAAGAAUGCAAGUUUUUUGUCUAGUCAUGGAAGCGAAGCUCAAAGUCCACCCACAGAACAGCAACAGCUUGGUUCUGGUGCUACGAUUGGAUCUGAAGUGAUUCAGUCAGUGAAGGUGAGUGAAGGCACUAGUGCCCCUGUGCCAGAAAGAUAUGCCCCCACUGCUUCUGAAACAAAAAUGGGUCUUUUUGAUGAAGAAACUUUGUUGGCUUGUGUUGUUCGUACAAUUCCACCUGCUCCUGGAGGAAGAAUACAAAUCAGCUCAACGCUGUUGAGCAGACUGACAAAAAUGCUUGCACCUCUUCGUUGGUCUGAUUACGAGAACAGGCAUGGAAAGUUGGUUGCCUUUCUGGGAAGUCAUCCUGAAUUGUUUGUGAUUGAAGGGGAUUAUAUUCAGGUGAGGGAGGGUGCACAGGAAAUCAUUGCAGCUAUGGUGGCUCAUGCAAAAGUGCGUGCUGCUGCUGUUGCUGACUCAGCAACCUCUUCCAAUCUGUCGCUGCUGUCUUCGGUUGCUGUCACUCCCAUGGCAAGAACCCGAUUGAAGAAGGCCCCAAUGCCAGCUGUCACCUCCAAUUAUGGAAAUGCUAAUGGUGUUGGUGGUGUAAGACUUGUCACCAAACAGAAUGAUCAAAUGAGACAAAACGGGAGGCCCACAGCUACAGCCACUCCAAAUUACAAUGGGAAACAGCAGCAGGGGAGCAGGAGUCGAGGAAGCUUCCAAGUGUAAUGAAGUUAUAGAAUUGGAGUUGGAAUUGAAACUUUGUUACUUUGUGUUGGAAAAAAUGUAUCUCCUGUGUGGGUCAUGGGCUUCGUGGUCUGUUGGUUAUUUAAGAAUGAUUUGAAUGGAUUAAAGUUCAA